UUUCUUCUGGAAGUUGUAUGGUGACCACUUCACUGGAAUAGUUGAACUUUCAACUUGGCUUGUUUGGAGUGAUUAGACAUACUCUCAGUGGAUAUGAGUGUGGAGGUAUAUGGUAUGAGCAAAUCUCUUUACACUGCUCUGCUCUUUGCCAUUGUCACAGGGAAUUGAAAUGGUCAGUUAGUAAGAAACAGGUCAUAACAUCCUUGCCUUCAUCAGCGGUCAAGUUUAGUUCAACUUUCAGUUACCUGCCUGUCCCUAACCAGAAAACACCAAUCUUAAAUAUUCCUUGGUUUUUAUUUGUUGCAUGGUGGCACUUGCCUUUGGAGGCAGAGGUGGGUGGGUCUCUUGAGUGGGCAGCCAGCCUGAUUAUGUAGUGAGUUCCAGGAUAGCCAGGGCUACAUAGGGAGACCCUACCUCAAAACCAAGUAUUUUUUUUUCUUUUAAAUAGUUUUAAAGGAGAAGAUUCAUUUUUAAAGUUAAAUUACACUGUUAUACUAACUAGAGAAAAAGCCAUUGAGUUUAAGUUGGAGAAGACCCUUGGACUAGUAAACCAGGAGGAUGUUUUCUGUCCUAGGACUUUUCAUUCUGUUCUGUCUGAGGGUGGAGGUUCAGUUUAAGAAAGCUUGUUUUAUUUGGACCUAAAAUUUGUAAUUUCAGAAGCCCAGCUCUCAGGCUGACCACAGCCAAGGCAUGCAUUUUGUGGUGCUUCUGCCUGGAAGUCUUCUGAAGUUUCCUUCUGGGGGCCUGAGUAGUAGUUCAUUCCCACAGUGUCCCAGCACAGGGGUAAAGGUAUCGUGGGGGAGGGGCUCCAGCAUCAAUAACAGAGCAACAGUUCCAAAGCAGUCUCUCCAGCUGUGUGUCUAGAACAGGAGGUUUCUGAAGAGAGUGUCCCUGAUGCAAAGGGCAAGCUUUACAGUGUCACUAGAAAAGCUGUCCUCAUACCUUGGUCACGAUUUGCAGUCACUUGUGGACAAAGGUAUCUGAUGUGAGGGUGUUGAAAUAUAUUACCUGGUGUAUCAUUUAUCAGAGAAGGGCAUUUUAAAAAGAGGACAUAAUUAUGCAAUAAUGUUCCAUAGCUGAGUAAGCACUUUGUACAUUCUGAGAGUGGAGUGGCUGACCAAGUUCAAAGGAAAUUGCAGCGUCCACAGGUUUUAUGUCUCCAGUGGACUCUUAAUUGCCAAGAGUUAAUUGUUUUCCUUAUCACUGUCUCCUUUUCAUGUUCAUUAGGUGAGAGUGGUGUGUGUCUACACACUGAGUGUGUGAGUUGUCCUUAAUGCUAUACACAAGAUGUCAGUAAUCAAUUACAGAUUUGAAGACCUGCAGAAAGCAUGAAUUUCCUGGUUCAGAUUAAGAUGGGGCAAAAUUAGCAGCUCACGGUUACACAACAGCGAGACCUCCAGUUUAAUCUUCUUGCCAGUCAUGUUAGACCUUGUCUUCCCAUGGAGUUCUCAUAGUCUUUCCUUCACUAGACACUUACUCGGGUUGCGCGUGAUCCAGGCAUGGACAAGAUAGCUAAGGUCCCAGCCCUGGAAAAGCUCAUAGGCUUAUGGGAGAAGUCAGAUGAUCAACAAAUAACCAUAUGAAACAGUUGUGAACUGGUUUCCAGCAAAGCAGCUUUCUCCCUGAAGCUCACAGUGAGAGGAUGGAAGGCCCUGUCACUGAUGAUAAGGACUUCGCUUCCAAGUGUUUCUUAAAGAUCCCUCUCAUCAUCUUAGCAUGAUUUUCUUGACUUGUAAAGUGAGGGAUGAUUAGUGAGCCAAAAGGAAUCCAUCUUUUAUGGGGAGAAAUGACAUUUUUUAAAACGUAGUUUUAAAUUGUUGUCUGGACCUAUGGAUUCUUUGUAAUGGGUAGGGAAAGCGGUACAAGGCCAGGGAUGCUAAGGUCUUACCUGUCUUCUCCUAGCCGUAGGUUAAUAUAGUGUAUCUUUUGAUACAGUGUUAUCUUUCUCAGUUUAUUUCUAAGUGAAAGUGAUGAAACAUACUUGGAAGCAAGGACUAACCAGAAUUUAAUCUUUUUCAGAAGCCAGGAAGAAAGCAUCCUGCCCUGGACUUGGCUUGUUUUACACAUUGCUGUCGGCUUUCCUUUUCUCAGUGGCCUCUUUGCUUGUUAAAAAAGUGCAAGGCGUCCAUGCUGUGGAGAUCAGUGCGUUUCGAUGUAUGUUCCAAAUGCUAGUCAUUAUUCCUUGCUUAAUAUACAGAAAAUCUGGGUUUAUAGGUCCCAAAGGCCAGCGACUUUUUCUUCUUCUCAGAGGACUCUUUGGCUCCUGUGCCAUGAUCCUUAUGUAUUAUGCUUUCCAGACGACGUCCCUCGCAGAUGCCACAGUUAUUGCAUUUAGCUGUCCAGUGUUUACGUCAAUAUUUGCUUGGAUAUUUCUCAAGGAAAAGUAUAGCCUUUGGGACGCUUUGUUCAUGUUGUUCGCGUUGGUUGGAGUGAUCCUUAUCGUGAGGCCGCCAUUUUUAUUUGGCUCCGACACAUCAGGGAUGAACAAAAGCUAUUCAGAGCACAUUAAGGGAACAUUUGCUGCAAUUGGACAUGCCGUGCUAGCUGCAAUGACCCUGGUUAUCUUAAGGAAAAUGGGAAAAUCUGUGGACUACUUUCUGAGCAUUUGGUAUUACGUCAUACUUGGCCUUCCUGAAUGUGCCGUCAUCCUCUUUAUCAUAGGAGGAUGGAGUAUCCCCUACUGUGGGCUAGAUAGGCUGUUUCUCAUACUUAUUGGGCUCUUAGGUUUGGGGGGUCAGAUAUUCAUUACUAAAGCCGUUCAAAUAGAAAAAGCAGGACUCGUAGCAAUAAUGAAGACAAUGGAUAUAGUCUUUGCUUUUAUCUUUCAGAUUGCUUUCUUUGAUAAUAUGCCCACCUGGUGGACAGUGGGUGGGGCUCUCUGUGUAGUAGCCAGUACUACUGGAGCAACCAUUCGAAGAUGGAUCCAGAGUUCCACAGUUCAACAGUGAAAUGUCACUGUUGAAAUCUAUAUUUUUUUUCAAGUAUGCCAUCACCCAGCUCAGACUUCUUACACACCUACACACAUACCUGGAAAAAUCUGCAUUAUUGAUUGAUUAUAUUUAAUAAAUUUCAUAAAGUACCAUUUUUGAAUAUGGUAUCUUUUAAAUUAAGAGUAGCUAGUCUAGCCUAGCAAUUUUUGGAUAGCUUUUAGUUUUGCUUUGGCUUGUUGGGGUUGAGGUGUCAUUGAGAAGACAGCUCUUUUGAGGAAUUUCAGAAAUUUUUAUGAAUACAAUUUUUAAAAUUUAUUUUUGACACAGAUAGGAUGUGGGUGAGAGAUACUCUAUUUUAGCAUUGUAGAUAAGAAGCUUAAUGUUGACAAUGCUGCUAUAAUUAGUACUGUGUUAAUCCUUCAUUUGCAAUAUAAUCACAUUUAGGAUGCCAAAGCUGAAACUUGGUACAGGUGCCUACUUACUGAUAGGAAUAUAAGUGAACCAGCCUUAUUGUCAAGGAUUUUAUAGAUGAUCAUUACACUUUGAACUCUUAUUUGUGCCUUUUUGUUUUGAUGCUGGAAUUUUUAUAUGUACUCUUUGAACAAAGCCUUUUGCUUGCCCAUAUGUGGUUAACAGUUCUCUCUUUCAGUAGAUUAGUAACUCUGGCUAUUGUUUUGAAUUUUUCAAUUGUCUCCUGCUUUAUUGAAAUUGCACUUUUUUUUUAGCAUUCCAAUAUUUUCAGUCUUAAAAUGAUGAGAGAGAAAUCUUGGGGUGACCAGUGUGCACAUUCCCAUUGUUAGGUGUUUACACUUGAGAUAUGAUAACUUUCUACAAAUUCUCUUUGAAUUCAUAGUAUGAUGCCAAAUACAGUUUUCUCAGGAUUGUGCUAGGUUGGGCCAUAACAAAUUGCCCAGAUUAUACCAUUUUCAUUUACAAAAACUGAUAGUUCUAGAAGGUUUAUCCUAAUUGCCCCUUUAAAGUAUAGGUCUGUUAUAUUAAACUUAUUCCUACAGUCUUCUUCCAUUUUGGAAUGAUAUGUUAUAAUGCUUGUGAUAUAUGAAAAAGAUAAAGGCCAAUUAAUGCACAGUUGAUUGACUUUCACAGUUUCUUGCAUAUAUAAAAAAGUCACAGGUAAAUGCUAGUCUUUGACUGACAAGCUGCACCAUGAUACUAGUGUGAACUCAGACAGUAGAUUCUAAAUGUGGAGCGUCAUCAAGUUCCUACUCUCCUGUGAAAGGAAUGAUUGGGAGAUUGGACAGGGUGUCUUUGUCACUUUGGAUGCCUUUAUGGUAAGGUCAUAGUGGGUGCCACGUCUUACUCUGCCAGACACCCUCUAUUGUUAUCUUAAGCUGCAGAGUUGAGGAGCUGUGUGUUCUUUCCCAGUCUCCCCACAGUUCUUCCAAAGGCAGGAACUGGGUUCCUGGAACAUACAUUCUGUUAAGAGGAUCUUCUCCAGUAGUUCCAAAGAGGAACUUCAACUUUACUGCUUUUAAAGACUUUCCACCUGACAUCCUAGAUAAUAUUUAUUUAGCUGAGUCAUCUCAAUCACACUUGACCUGACUCAUACUCUUGGAACUUAGAUUUGCAACAGUGCCAUUCUACCAGCAUCUCAGAAAAUAUAGUCAACAACAGUCUUUUAGAGUUCAGAGCUAUCUUAGAGAUCAUCCUUUGGGACCCAUGCUCCAUACCCAGGGAUGACAGGAUGGAGACCUGCAGUAACUGGGUUUCCAUGGCAGCCUCUUCUCACUUAGUUCCACUUACGGAGAGUUAGACACUCCUGGAGCCACUGACUAACUUACACAAUAGCAGAGUCACUGGGACUGGGGAAGAUAAACCCAUUUGGAAACAUGUUUUAUUUCAACUAUAUCUUAAGUACUUGAAUGUCACAGUAUGUGGCUGACAUUGGAGACAAUGUUUCUUAUCCCAACCUUUACAGGGUAUGAUUUUUAAAAAAUGUUCAAGUGGUAUACAAGGCUAUGUAUGUGUUGUAACAAUUAUGGGGGGGUAUGUAUUUU